GAAAUGAAUUAUACACAACAUCUCGGAACGGGAGUUGUUUUUGUGACCGACCGUCAUAAGGGCAGACAUUUUGGCAUAUGUAGAAGACAAUUUUGCAAGGUUUUUUGAAAAACAUUAAAUAAAUCGUGUCCUCUGCAAUCAUUUCUCUGUGUUUGUACACUCAUAUUUCACCACAAGCAUGUGGUAUGAGAUAUUGCCCGGUUUUGCUAUUAUGACAGUUUGUCUGAUGAUUCCUGGCAUCGCAACUGCUCAAAUCCAGAAGUUCACAAACGGUGGAAAGGAAAAGAGGAUCGUACGGGUACCCUAUCACUGGUAUUUGAUGGAGAGAGACAGGAGAGUGUCUGGAACUGGUGCACAUUACCAUGCAAAGGGGCUUGAAAACAUCAAAUGAAGAGCCACCAAGCAACAAUUGAAAUGUACAUUUUGUCCAGCCGUCUAAUAAAAUGUUAUCUUUAAAUUAUUA